AAUCAUUGUGAUUAAAUACAAAGCCACAAGUGCUACAAAGUGACACAAUAAAAAGACAGUGUUCGAACACGAAUAAUUUUGUGAACAAUGAUGUCAUAUUACAAAAGAUGCAGAGUGAGACGGGCCUACAGCUUUUAGCAAGAUUAGGAAGUCGUCCCUCCAUUUCCGAUGUCGUCUCACCAAUAUUUAAAGAUGGACUAAAUCCAAAAGAUGUAGUUGAGCUCUGUGGACUGGAAGGAACAGGCAAAUCAGAAAUUCUUCUCAAUAUUGUGGCUAGUGUAAUCCUACCCAAGACAUGGAAAUCCAUUCCUCUGAAUGGCAAGGAUGCCAGUGUCAUUUUCAUUGACAAUGACUACAAAUUUUCCAUUCUUCGACUAGUUGCACUUAUGGAAAAUCGAAUCAGUGUGAACUUGAAAACUGUUGACCAACAAGACCUAGAACUGACCAAUGAUAUUGAAGUGCUAAUUAAGAAGUGUUUAUCCAAACUCUCGUUAAUCAGAAGUGCCAGUAGUUCCGAGUUUCUUGUCACACUUUAUAGUCUGGAACAAACACUCUUAAGUAAUCCCAAUAUAUCGGUUGUGAUGAUCGAUAGCAUAUCAGCCUUUUACUGGAUUGAUAAGUGUAGCAAUGGAGAGAGUGUGGCUGCACAGGAGAAAAAUAUGAAACUAGCCACUAAAGUGUUGUCCAAAUUUGUGAACAAUUUCAGUUUAAUUGUGAUAGCCACAAAGUGUGAUUUUUAUAAAAAGAGGACACGUGAUGAAGAUUUCAUCUCCGAAGCAUCAUCCGUUAGUCACUUUGAGAACUUCAAAUCAGAUCAUCAAGACUAUAUGUGUAAAGCAUGGGGACAGUUUGUAACAAAGAAAUUUCUUCUCGAAAAGCAAAUUUUUACAAACAGUUUUAGGUGUUACGGUACUGAGAAUAGGAUGAGCAAAACUGAUAGAUCAGCAAUUACAUUUAAAAUCACAGAAAAUGGUGUACAGUCUAUGUAACUGAAAGUAAUAAAUUAUAUCUUAUUUAUAUCUAAAA